AAGACAGUGAUGGGCGGGGUCUGAGGAGUUUACUAAACCAGGUGAGCCAGACUGGGCACACAGGACACCUGACUGCAUUCAUUCUGCAGUCUUCAGGAACUCCGAGGACAGCGUCGGGUGUCUCGCUCUCGAUGGAUGGUUCUGGUCUUGCAGAUGCCAAAAGAAUGUCAUGAUUGGUCGAGGUUUAUUCUUUCAGAGCUCAAGUUUGUCAUCUUUUUGUGGAUUUCUUUGUUCUACCUAUGGAAACAGUUUCUGCGCAUUUAAACUAAAUUUAGGUCAGUUGCGCAAAUACUUUCACUGAAAAGAGUGCGCUGUGCGUUCAGGUGUUUAUCUCUAAUUUGCGGUGGAGCGCAUUUGCGGGGGAGUUGGUUGAACCACUGCGAUAUCCUGGUAUGCUCACGUCUGCCUUAUUCCCACCGGGUUGUGUGUUCUUUUUUGAGGAUAGUAGCCUAGUCUGUUUAUGUCAUUACCACUUUAUCAAUAUUUUGUCAUUAGGCUACAUCAUAUUUGUUCUGCUUACUUUUUAACUGAGAGUCCUGAGGCAGUCUACCCUUGCCUAGGCUAUAGGCUCAACAGUGCAUAAGCUAGUCUUGAUUAGUCCAGCGCUUAAUUUUGGACAAAAAUGACUGCUAGCCCUGGACUCAGUGGCAACAGUGUUCUGACGGACAGCCCAACAGACGAAGACGACGGAGGGCAGGCCGUUGGCCUAAAAAAGCAGAUUGGUCUCGUCAGCGCAUGUGGAAUCAUUAUCGGCAACAUCAUUGGGUCUGGGAUCUUUGUCAGUCCAAAGGGGGUUUUGGAGAAUGCCAGUUCAGUAGGCCUGUCACUCAUAGUGUGGGCAGUGACUGGCAUUAUCACAGCCAUUGGAGCCCUUUGCUAUGCUGAGCUUGGUGUGACAAUCCCCAAGUCAGGUGGUGACUAUUACUAUGUUAAGGACAUAUUUGGUGAAGUUGCAGGGUUUCUGAGGCUAUGGAUUGCAGUGCUGGUCAUCUACCCCACCAACCAGGCAGUCAUUGCACUCACAUUCUCUAACUACAUCCUGCAGCCCCUGUUCCCCUCCUGCUUUCCCCCGGAGAGCAGCCUGCGACUGCUGGCCGCCGUCUGUCUUUUGUUGCUAACCUGGGUGAACUGCUUCAGUGUGAACUGGGCCACCCGUGUGCAGGAUGUGUUCACGGCUGGGAAGCUGCUAGCCCUGGGUCUCAUCAUCUGCAUGGGAUUAGUCCAGAUCUGCAAGGGGGAACAUUACUGGCUAGAGCCAGCACAUGCCUUUGACACUCAGCAGGACUAUGAUGUCGGAAGAGUUGCUUUGGCUUUCCUGCAAGGUUCUUUUGCCUAUGGAGGCUGGAAUUUCCUUAACUAUGUUACAGAGGAGCUCAUUGAUCCAUACAGGAACCUCCCUCGUGCAAUCUACAUCUCCAUCCCUGUGGUGACAUUUGUGUAUGUGUUCGCUAAUGUUGCGUAUAUCACGGCCAUGAGUCCUCAGGAGCUGCUGGCCUCCAACGCCGUGGCUGUGACGUUUGGGCAGAAGUUAUUGGGAGUGAUGUCAUGGAUCAUGCCUGUUUCCGUUGCGCUGUCCACAUUCGGAGGGGUCAACGGCUCCCUCUUCACUUCGUCUCGCUUGUUUUUCGCUGGAGCGAGGGAAGGACAUCUACCGCGUUUGCUUGCCAUGAUCCACUUGGAGCGCUGCACCCCAAUCCCAGCAUUGCUUUUCACUUGUCUGUCAACACUCCUGAUGCUGUGCACCAGUGACAUGUACACGCUGAUCAAUUAUGUCGGCUUCAUAAACUAUUUGUUUUAUGGAGUCACAGUCGCUGGGCAGAUUGUACUGCGCUUCAGGCAACCUGAUCUGUAUCGCCCAAUCAAGGUAAACCUGAUGUGGCCAGUGAUCUACCUGUUGUUCUGGGCCUUCCUGCUGGUCUUCUCUCUGUACUCAGAGCCUAUUGUGUGUGGCACUGGCGUUGCGAUCAUGCUGACUGGCAUUCCUGUCUAUUUUCUCUGUGUGUACUGGGACAGCAAACCAAAGAGCGUCAAUAUUGCUAUUGCUGCUGUUACACACUUGAUUCAGAAGCUCUGCAGGGUUGUCUUCCCCUCAGAAGACGAGAGCAGAGAGACUGUCACUAGUAAUGAGACAGAAAAUUUGAACAACUCAUGCAGCAAAAGGUCAGCAUAGUUCUGUCCAUGCAGAUGCAGAGCGUGUGUUGGCUCUGGCUGAAGAGGAAAGGUCCAUCUCACAGAAUCCGCUCUGUUGCAUUCAAAGGGUCAAAGAGCAGCUAAUCUAUUAUCUCUUGUCUUUGUUUUUUUUUAUUUAUGUCUGUCCAUGUAUGUCUGUCUAUAGUCUCAUGACUUGAUCUGUGUCUGCUAUUCAACAUUAUGUUUACAUCUAUAUUACUUUUGAAUAAGUUCAUUUUAAGCUUGACCAACUUUAAUGAACUUUUAGUUUCACAGGAAAGGACCAUUUGCAUAGUGCCUUCAAACACUCUCAAUGCGGCUUCCUUAAGCUACUGACUGAAUGAAAUAUUACAUGCAUUUCAAAAUAUAUUAUGGCCUUACCUUACCAGAGGAAGUGUUAUUUUAAUGUAUUUGAUGCCUUUGGUGUUGUAUUCACAUUUUUCCAAAACUGUAUUCAAUGAAUUAAAAAAAUAUCAAAUGCACUUGGAAGAUGUAUUAAAGAGGCAACCACAUAGAAUUGUGUUUACAAUUUCAUAGGGCACUUGUAUUGUUUUUGUAAACAAAGUUGAUUUAAAAAGUCGUUAA